AUGGCUACUCUCAGACGAGGUCGUACUCGUACACCGGGAGAGACUGGAAAUGAACAACCGGCCGAUAACCAUGCCGAGUUUAUGGUGGCAAUGGCUAAUCUUGCUAAUACUAUAGAGAGGUUAGGUCAACCAGCUGGCAACGAAAAUGGUAAUGAAAACGGAAAUGGGGAUGGAAAUAGAAACGGAGGCGGAAAUGGUAAUGACUUGGGAGGCACUCCAAUGACAUUGGCUACGUUUCUCAAGGUUUAUCCACCGACUUUCAGAGGUUCGACCAAUCCUACAGAAGCGGGAAAUUGGUUCCAGGCUAUGGAGCAUGCAUUACAAGCCCAGCAUGUUCCGUACAACCACUACCCAGAUCAAGCCAAAAUAUAUCGGAAAAUAUGGACUCAUCAAGAAGCUCUACACUGGUGUUACAGAGAGUGCCGCUUACUACAGCUUCAAAAUGCCGACAUUCCUUGCGAUGUAUUCCAGACAACUUUUUACAACAAGUACUUUCCUAAAUCUGUAUGGGAAUUGAAGGAGUUUGAGCUUAUGCAGCUGAAGCAAGGCUCUUUGUCUGUGGUGGAUUACACUAGUCAGUUUGAGAAGCUUUGUAGGUUCUCUAGGGUUUGUCAGGGUGCCCUGGAGAGCUAUGAGAGUUGGAAGAGCAUUAAGUACCAAGGGGGCUUGAAGGAUAAUAUUAUGACUGUUGUAGCUCCUUUGGAGAUUUGGAUCUUUUCCGAGCUUGUAAACAAGGCGAGAGUUGUGGAGGAGUGUGCGAAGAAAGUGGCUCCGUCAAGAGAUACUCAUGGGGAGAACAACGACCGUGGGCGUGAGAAGCAUUUUCAACCAAGAGCUCAGAACAUCAAGAGGGGAGGACAUGUACCUCAAGGUCAAGGCAACACUAGGAGACGGAGACCCACUUUUGAUCUGUAUCAUCCCGCAAAAGGAAGAGAUGACUACUUUGAUUGCAGACUACCUGGUCACAUGGCGAGGGAUUGUACUCGUGAGAAGAACCCGAAUGCGGGUCGAAAACAACACCAAUGA